AUGGUGAUCAACCACGACAAAAACUACACUAUGUCGCAAGCUGAUCCCCUGAGUUGGACGCUUUUAUUCAAAAAGCACAAGACCACCGUACUCCUGAUGCUCCCGCCUUCCAAGACAAUCACAAGUGCCAAACUCACGCUCCUAAGUGCUCUUAACUCUCGCGGUCUCACGGAGAUUAAUGGUGAUAAGAUUCCAGAAGACCCUUCGGAGAUCGAAUUCGGAGUUGCGGUAGACAAAAAUGAUCUAGAAAAGGGAUGGACAAAACUGGAGCUUGACGUGCCUCAGUUCAGUGAUGACGAGACCCCAAAGCGAGGAGCUGGGAAGAAGAAAGCUGCCAGUCCUCUCACCUUGCAAACAGCCGAACUUCGGAAUGGACAGCCUAUUGCUUUCAGGUUCCGGAAACACAAGGAAAUCGAGGACGAGGACGAGAUUGAUCUGGAACUGGAAGAACCCGGAUGGGAUGUUGUGCUUCCCAGCCUGGACGAUGAAGAAGACGAAGCGAACUAA